AUGGCUACCGCUCAGGAGACCCUCUCGAACCUGGCAUCCGAGCUGCAUGAGUACAACCUCAGCAUUUCUACCCUCUACCACACCAUCAAGGUCAUUCGCGAGACCCUGAAGGUCCUCGAUCCCGCUGAACCAUCGCCCUCCUGGUCGACAACAAGGUCUCUCAAGAUCGUCAUCCAGUACGGUCACGUUGUUCGCGCCCUUCAGGAGGCAGUCCAUCGCGUCAAAGCCUUCCUCUGGAUUGCUGACAAGAUCUUCACCACACCCUCCGCCGAUAACAUGACUGUCGUGACCAAGAAAAUCACGAGAAAGGCGCUUUAUUCCCAUCUUCCAUUCUCCAAGCUUUUCUUGACAUCUAAUUAUCCUGCUUACACAUUACUCGUAACAAUGUGUCUCACCCAUCUCGGUCGGUACUUCGACAAUAUGUCCCGUUGCCGCACAAACAGCAGCCGCGUCGCCCAUGACAUGACAGAAUCGCAACCUCUUAUACAGAGCGCUCUCAAGACCAAUUCGCGGAAGCGCACCGCAAUGAGAAUGGCAAAGCAGGUUGCGUUCGUUCCCACAUCGAAGGAAGUCCGCGGCGACUUGGCUAUCAAGGACGAGGACAGAAGUCUUGACUCCAUCUCGCACGUUGCUUUCCACCACGUUCAUCUUUCGUCUGGCUCUAAGGUUCGCGAGGCACUUGGUGAGCGUGAGCUUAACGAUGAUCGUUCUUCUGUGUCGACUUUUAUGUCCCAUCAACGAACAUCCGCUUGUGACGUCAUGGACGAGCAGGACCACUACCGCAACAACUCUCAAGCCUCUCGCUCGCACACCAGAAGCGACUCCAACAGCGCUGUCUGUGACGCAGAGCUUACGUCCAUGUCUUUUUCUGGGCUCUCUUCCAUAGAGUUACAGGGCAGCGAUGUCCUCAGCAUCGACUGCGACUUUGACAACCUCACAAUCAGCGUCGACAUGUCAGACUCCAUGCCAGACUUUAGCUCCAUGCUCGACAAGAUGGUCAACGAGUCUUCCGUCUUCAACUGUGACAUCACCAUCGUGCAAGACUCGGACUCGUGUGGUGAUGACCUUCUUUCUGACGUCGCUACUGCCGGCCACAAGCGCAGGCUUAUCUCGCGCCGCCGUCAAAUCUCAAUCUCUUCAACCUCGAGCGCAAUGUCUACUACUGCUAUUUACGGUUCUCUCAGGUUCCUCACACCCAAGGUCAGCCGCCCUGGACGUCUUCAGUCACCUCCUGCUAUCCUUGACAGAGAACUUGCCAUCAAGUCUUCAGAGGUACGCCAUACUCAGGUCCACGACAAUGUCGCCCCUAUUGAUACUAUCUCAUCGCCGCCUUCUGAACAGGGUGCGCUCGCCACUGCGCAGAAGUACUCAUGCUGUGCCCAACGCACCUGCGAGAGCGAACUUGCCCCUGAGGAUGAGUCUGCAACAGCUUCUGGCUUGUCCACUUCUGAAAUCGAUCUCUACGAAUCCGAGCUCUGUGUUGGAGUGCUCAGUGCUUUUGAAGAAAAGUAUCUCUGCAAGGAAAGUAAGAUGGCCAUUCUUCUCGGGGCUUGUCACGGUCUUACCGCUGAGCACCCUUGUAACCACACAAAUACCAACUUGAACUACCAGAAGCCCGAGAGCGGCGGAAGACCCCAUCGCGAAAUCGAAAUACCCCACGACAGACCUGCUCGCUUCACUUCGUCUCUUCCCACUUCCCUGGGUCCUGAAGGUCAGCUCGGCCAAGCUCACGAGAACCCACGUUUUUCUCAACGCCGCGUCGCUGCUCAGUACAAGCCAUCUCGCCCUGCCCUUCCUCUGGCUGAGCUUCCUAUCCGUGAACGCAGAAGCGGUGGACUCCCCCUGAACGACCCAGCUCGGCGCAAGGUACAGAGCCAUCCUAUGACUGGCGAUGAGAUCGAAGCUAUCAAGGCAGCUCAUCUGCCCAAAUUUUCGCGCGAGAAGUCGUCUAGCUACCACUUUCCCGCUGCCUGGCAGCCAGCUGUCGAGAGAGAAAAUAUCGACAAGAAGCAGUCUCACAAUAAUUAUCUUAUGAGCACUAAGAACGAAGAGAAGACCAAGGAGACUACCGUUGUACGCAGAAGUGCCACCAGAAAGCCCGCUCACAAGUCGUGGUUGCCCACUUUGUUCUGAGCACACUCUAGCACAAAGUAACUUGGACGAGGAUUGAGGAAGCCCAGCGUGGUUAAGGAUGGGGAAUGAAAGAUAUGCAUUGAAAGAAGAGAAGAAAUUGGGACUUAAAUGUAAGAUAGUAGUAGAAGACAGAAAGGACGAUCAGAACCGAG